AUGACUGUGCCGAGCCCCAUGCGUGUGCCGGUCACCCCUGUUGUGGAGUCGGUUGACGUCCGCGACAUGUACGACGCUGACAACGCCACGCUGGUGGGGAAAGGCGGCUUCUCGGAUGUGGUUUCCGUGCUGCAUCGUCCCACGAACACCAAGCGUGCACUGAAGGUUAUGAGGAAGGAGAUGCUGCGGGGAAGGGUGGCGGAGAUGGUGCUUCAUGAGCGUGAAAUUCUUCGCCGCAUCUCCCAUCCAAACAUUGUAAAACUGCACGAGGUCAUCACCACUCCGCAUCACGUUUAUUUUGCGCUGGAUUUAAUGGACUGCGAUCUCUUUGCACUAAUUUUUAGCAAUAAAUUCAUUCCGGAGGGAGGGGCGCGCUGCAUCAUGUACCAGCUGCUCUGCGGUAUUGCCUUCCUGCAUAGCCAAAGCAUCGUCCACCGCGACAUCAAGCCGGAGAAUAUCCUGGUAAAUAUUUCGAAAAAGCAAGGCAAUUGUGAAUCCGCCUUGUCCAGAAAGAAACCUGGCAUUAUCAUGAAGGGCGACUGGGAGAAGUUGCUAAAUAUUGAGGUGAAACUGGCAGACUUCGGCCUUGCCAAGCUGGUGAAGAAGUGGGAUGUGCAGUCCACGCCCUGCGGCACUUCCUUUUACAUCGCGCCGGAGGUGAUACGCGGGAUUGAGGCCCAAGGCACGAAGCCCCUCUGCACCACGCAGGAACUCGUCAAGAGCGUCGACGUGUGGUCGGCCGGAAUUGUGCUCUUCAUCAUGCUCUCCGGCCGACCCCCGUUUCACGGUCAGGUGACGUCGAGCGAGGACCGACGGCAGCUGCUGCGCCGCAUUGAUCGCUGGGUGCUCUUUCGCACCAAGCAGUGCUGGGACGGCAUCAGCGAAGAGGCGAAGGACCUGAUUGUGCGCAUGCUGGAGCAGGACAGCUCGAAGCGGCUGACGGCGAUGCAGGCGCUGCAGCACCCGUUCUUCGCGAACCACGGCUUCAGGCCGCCUUCACUCGGGGCGCCCAAGGUUUCACCGGAGCUGCGGCAGCAGCCAGAGGAAAAACCACAGGCACCACAACAGCCGCAACCGCAGCAGCGUGAAGAAGUAGUAAACGCGCAGCAGCCGACGGCGGUGGACAAUGAAGUGCAUAAGGAGAUGAAUACAACGCAUGUUGAAAAGGGUUGGGGUGGCACAGAUGUGCCAAGUCAUGUGGUUGUGAAUAAAUUUAAGGGGUUUCUUCGUAUGUUUCGUCCUAAGAGCCAUGUGAAACGCGCCGGUGGAAAGGUGCCACUGACGGAGGGCAAGCAGCAAUCGCCACCGAGUGAGGACGAGGACGAGGAGCCAGCGGAGGAGCAUGUGCGCAGCAUGCAUGCGGAGAUCGACGCCCUUCAGAAGGACAUCAUAGAAACUGGAGACACGGAAGGGGAUAACACAUGUUACACACCGCAGCUGCCGCUGAUGACGGCACCGCGCACAAAACGUCCAGCUGUAAUGAAUGCGAAGGCAAAAGUGGGGCCCGCUGCCCUCAGGCGCCAAGCACAAUAA